GUGCGCAACUCCACGCAGCGCCGGCCUCGGCGCCAUCGUCCUCACCACUGCCUCCUCUGCUCGUCGCAACUGCCGCUGCCGCGAUGCGCAUAUCGUGCUAGCAUCUCGACACGCAGCAUCUCUCUCUGCCGGACCGCGCUCGCGCGCGCGCCCCGCCGCCCGCCAUGUCCUCGCUCCUCUCGCCCUUCUCCUUCGGGCCGACGAAGCACGCCUACUUCCACGUGCGCAUCACCGUGCACGAGCUCACCAACGUGCCGCUCGUCAGCGGCCACUUCCAGGCCAAGUGGCGCGUGCGCAACGCCCACAGCCUCGGCGCCGUCGCCGCCAGCGGCACGAGCAGCAACGGCACCUCGACGCCCACCAGCGCACACGGCGAGCGCCGCGCCAAGGCGCGCGCCGAGCAUGGCGCAGAGGUGCCGAGCCGCCGCGACUCUGGCGACACGGCGCACUCGCGCCCGCGCGAGAGCAAGGACACCGACCGCCGCAGCUUGCAGAGCCUCACGCAGCUCGACCAGGGCGGGGGCGCGCGUGGCAGGGCUGGCGACGACGACUCAGCCGAUGAGGAGCAUGCCGAGCCCGAGCACCACAGCUUCCUGGGCGGCCUGUUUCACCGGCGCGGCGAGAGCUCGCGCGCUCCGCAUGGCUCGCACUCGCGCGAGUCGACGCAGACGUCUGGCGCCGGCACGCCCGACUCGCCGCGCUCGGCGCGCACGCGUAAGAGCAGCGAUGCCAUGUCGCAGCGCAGUGCCGCGCCCAAGACGUCGCUGCCUGCUGCGCUCGACAUCCACAUGCCCGAGCCGCGCGGAGCUACAGACUUUGUGCGCGUCAAGGACCUGGCGGUGCGGUGGGAGCGCACGAUUGAGACGGGUGUGCGGCUGGGCAUCGACAAGCCCAAGUCGCACUCGGGCGGCCACUCUUCGCCGGCCGGCGCGAGCCAGACAGACUUGCUCCGGCCGCACCACCGCCAUGGUCUCCGAGCGAGCGUCAGCUCCAAGAGCCUGCGGGAGCGGAUGCAGGCGCAGGAGGAGCAUGGCGGAGAGGAAGGCGGUGUUGCGGGCAUGCUGGCCAAGAGCGAGCUGCGGAUCAGCGUCAAGAGCGACAUCGAGACGGAUGCAUCAGGCAGCCACAACGACCACCGUAUGGGCCAUGUGACACUCAACCUGGCCGAAUACGCGCCCGCGCCGUCGCGCUCGCAUGGGCAUCACCACCAUCACCAUCACCAUCACCAUCACCAUCAUCAUCACUCGCAUCACCAUCAGAAGCGGCCCAGCCGCACCGAGACGCGCCGGUAUCUGCUCGCGGAAAGCAAGACGAACGCGACGCUGAAGAUCACCAUCGAGAUGACGUGGGCUGGCGGCUCGCGCGACUACAUCGUGCCGCCGAUCAAGCGCGGCCUUGUCGUCGGCGGCAUCGGCGGCAUCAUGGAUGACAUGGCCGCGGCGCAGCUGCGCGGCGCCAAGGGAGCGUCGAGCACAAAGGACAACAGCACCGACUCGAGCUCCUCGCACCUCGGCGACGCGGACGGCGUUCACGGCUCUGACUCGGGCAACGGCUUCAGCAGACUCGUGACAGAGACGACGAAGCUGCCAAGCUUCUACACGGCAUGGCCGUCGACGAGCGUCGCGCGCCAUGCACGCAUCCCGGCCAGCAACCUCACGACGGCACUCUCGGCGAAGCAGCUUGCUCGCGCGGCGAAAGAGGGCGCCGGUGCAGCAGGCGCCGGCGGCCGCCUGACGUUCAGCUUCGCGGGCGCGGCGCAUCAUGACCGCCCGCCAGAGGAGGUGAUUGAUGCGAUCUUUAGCCAGGGCAACUCGUCAGCAUACAUGCUCGCUCCGACUGUGGCACGCUCGGACAAGGUGGCGAAGAAGCCUGGGCCCACUCAGCCAAAGCGGGCGCGGCCGACGUACCGCUCCGUUACCGAAGCGCCGGCCGACGAGAACGAGUCGCACCGCGUGCAGCUCCGUACUGCCGAGCACCACAAGGGCCUGCAGCCGGCUGCUUCUCCGGAGCAGACUGCAGACACGCGCAAGCGCACCGACUCGCUCUCUGCUGUCGCCAGCGUUGGCGAAGUGACGGGCCCCAACUCGCACUAUGCCGCCAGCCAGACGUCGGACUCGAGCGCCUCAAAGGCUUCGCACGGGGAGGACACGAGCUCGCGGCCGCGCGCGCACGCUCGCACCUCCAGCGCAGGCACAUUCCGGAGCAUCCUUGCGACCAAGCAGUCUUCGACCGAGGUCCCGGCCGGCGAGCCGCAGUGGAGCGUCGACACUGCGGAGCGCUCCGGCAGUCUCGCCUCGACCUCUUCGCUGCCUUCCGCGCCAUCGUCCUCACGACACUCCGUGCACUGGGAGAAGGACGCCGAGGGCUCGGCCACGACGCCGCAGGCUCUGGCGGCGCCGCUGAUGGAGCCGCUCACCGCCAGUCCUGCGGCACUCGAGCCCACCGAGCUGGCGCGCUCCGACUCGGACAGCCCGCAGAGCUCAAUGUCGGGGCACGGCCGCCGCACGCAGCGAUUUGCGCUGCCUGCCGCGAUCCACCACUCGCACGGCGUCGCGACAGCAGCUGUCGACCAACCAGCAUCUCUCGCUGUGCCUCGUACUGCCAAGCCACGCCGGCGCGUGGGCAUCGACCCGGCGCGUGCGGCCGAGGCGGGCUACCGCGGCGCUGGCUGGGGCACCAUCUUCGAGCCCGUCGAGCUCGUGCGUCCCGAGCCGCCGUACGGCAGCGAGUUUGUUUCCUAGACGUUCUACUUGCCUUGUCUCUACCUGCACUCACACUGUAACAUCUGAUCAUCUGUCUUGCUCUC